GCAUGUAUGUCUACUCCAUGUAUUUCUUUGUUCUCAAUGACAUAGUAAGUAUCUCUCGUAUGCCGUUGUUUAGUUAUCGAAAAGCUUCAGAUAGAUACGCUUGAAAAUGAAGCUUCUUAUAGUCCUGUCAAGUCUAAUAAUCGUACAAGCAGGAGUCAUCAAAGAAGAUGAAGAAACGUGUGAUGGUGUUAAUGUGGACAAUAAGUACCAUGACAAAGAAGUACUGAAAGCUGAACUGGAUAGGCCGUACUUACUAGCUGUAGACUAUAGUAAUAAUGUUGUCUACUUCAGCUAUAGUAUCACAGCUUCUGAUGACGAAUUCAAAACGGCUAGACUGAAUCUUGAGACUAAGGAAUUUCAAGAUAUAAAAGGUGUCAACAAUGGUUUCGCUCAAACAGUCGACCCGAAAACUAACGACGUUUAUAUCGGAGGCAGUGAUGGCAUUUACAAAUACAAUUAUAACACUGACAAAGCAGAAUUCUAUGGCGCAAAAGACGAAAACAUCUGGACUCUCUUCGUCAAAGAUGAUAUUUACUAUUCAUCCUUCCCAUCGCAAUUUCUCUACGUAUCAAAUAAUGAUACUUUCGAAAGAUUUAAAGAUCUAGAAGACACAAAAGUUGAUAAUUUCUUAAUAGACAAAGAAGACCUUAUAUUCUUCACGAAUGGUACAGGGCUGUACAGUCAGAAGAAAGGUUCGAAAGAUGCUGAGUUUUAUGAAGACUCUACAGGCAUAAGAGGCAUAACUUUAGAUGUAAAUGGAAAUGUGUAUGUUUGUAAAAGUGAUGGAAUAUAUUCAGUUGAUAAAACAAUGAUGUACCUGAUCAAAAUAGCUGAUUUGGAUGAUGCGUUUGGUGUUGCGUUUGACAAGGAUAAUAAUAUUAUUUACUCUGACGCCACACAGUUGAUUCGAUUAAAACCUAAUGAGGAUAAAAAUUGUUAAAGAAGUCAAAAUUUCUUAAAGUUACGCAACAUAAUGUAUUAAUUUUGUUUAAUUUGAUUGAUGUUGAGGCGACUACAAGUAAAUCUCUGUGAAGAUAAGUAAUAAUAUUUUAUUUUAAGAUUAUAACUGAUACAGAAUGACA